GGCUGAAAAUGGUCGUCAACCGUGCUCCCUUUUCAGACAUUUUCUUCUAUUGUCAUUUGCAGUUCUGUAUCAAAAUGUGUAGAUGUAGAAGUCAAAAUACAACACAUCCUCAAAAAGUUUAAUACGUAAAUUUACGUGGAUUUCAUGGAUUAUUUUGAGAAAUGUUCAACCUAGUUCAGUUCUAGACACCAUAUUAUUUUGAAUAGUACAUUAACUAACAAAUAGCAUUGAUAAACAAUGGAUAAGCUCCGCAGAGUACUGAGUGGAAAUGAUUCUCCGGAUGAGGAGAGCGGUAUAAUGUCACAAGUAAGACACGACUCGUAAACACUAUUUUUAUCUUCUUUGAUAUGAGUACAAAUACAAACCAGUUUCCAACACAAGAGUUGGAUGAUGCCUCAACACUGAGCUGGUCAACAAGAAUAAGAGGUUUUCUGAUAUGUUUCAUAAUCGGUAUUUUACUUUCCUUCUUAGGAUCAUUUGCCUUGUUUCUACAUAAAGGCUUGGGUAUAUUUGCAGUAUUUUACACCUUAGGCAACAUAGUAUCCAUGCUAAGCACAUGCUUCCUCAUGGGACCAUUCAACCAAGUCAAGAAAAUGUUUGCUUCAACUAGAUAUAUUGCUACAAUUUUGGUUUUUAUUAUGUUUGUUUUGACCAUUAUAGCUGCAACUGUGUGGCACAAACCCCUCCUAGCUUUAUUGUUUAUAAUAUUCCAGUCUAUAGCGAUGACUUGGUAUUCCCUGUCUUAUAUUCCUUAUGCUAGAGAUGCUGUGAAGAAAACUGUGAUGACCUGCGUAGUAUAAUCUAACAUACAGAACUUUGAUUAACAUAUUUUACCUGGAGUUAGCGAACCUAAUGCCAUAUUGUCAUCUAGUAAACUAUCUGAGCUAUAGGACAUUUUUUUCUUAUUGUGUUGGUUCUCCUGAUAUAGUAGUAGCAGUAGUAUUCUAUUCAGCCAAAAUACAAACACAUGGUCCAAAGGGCAAGCCACAAAAAAGAAUGAAGAUGAAAAAAUAUGUUAUCCUCAGAUACUUUCAUAAAAUAUGCUAUAAUGAAUUGAAAUUUGAAAUUGUAUUAGUCCAUCAAUAUGUAUAAUAUAUACACAUACAUAGAUAUCCACAUAAAUAUAACAAACACAAUGAAUUGAAAUUUGAAAUUGUAUUAGUCCAUCAAUAUGUAUAAUAUAUACACAUACAUAGAUAUCCACAUAAAUAUAACAAACACAUUUAAAUAAUUGACAAAAUUAAAAAUUAUGUAAAAAAUAAUAUUCAAUAAAGAACUAUUUCAAUGGCAUCAACACCCUCAAUUUAAAAAUUCGUGAAUAUUAUAAAAACAUUUAUCAGAUAAUUUAAAACCAUUCUUUAAAAACUACAGUAGCUAUCGAUAUCCCUCAAAUCUCUAGGUAGAGCAUUGUACAUUGCUACAAAAUUUAGUGUGUGACCUAGUGGAAGUUACAGUCCAAAAUGAUUAGAUUUUGACUUGGUAUUAUAAUAUUGCUGUUCAUUUUGCAUCAACAAAGAUAGACUCUUUAUGUUGGUUACUCUACCCCAUCAAAGAGAAUUAUAUGACAGGUGGCUAUAUACAAUGUACAUGCAUAGUGGAGAGAUAAUAGAGAUAUUUCAUCUAAAUAUGUUUCAUUAUGCAUUACAGCAAAUAUUGUUUAUGAGAUUCAAAAGUCAUAUUAUAUAUAACCAGCUUCCAAGGAGCUUAACACUGUCUACAGACUGCAAUUCAAGUUGAUUAUUUAAUAAUAUAUCAACUUAUUCCUUACACACCAAACCUCCUCUCCAAAAACUAUUAUGUUUCUGCAAAGUUCUUCAGUAGAACUUCCAGAAACUGAUUUCUGAACAGAACGUUCAGAAGCUGAUUUCUGAAAAGCAUAAAUAACAAUGGUCCCAACAGUGGUCCUUGCGGUACACCAAGGUAAACUAGGUAUCUAUCAGACCUUACUUUAUCAAUUUUUCAAUACUUCUGUAGAUAAUUCAGAUAUUUGUCUGUAAUUUUCUAUAUCCUCCACAGUGGCUCUAUGUUUUUGGUGUUAGAAAUUGGGUCAUAUUUGUGACAAAUUCUAAUAGUUGUUCAGUUCAUCUUGGAACUUGGAUAGUUUUUCGGACGCGCAUUUAUGGCAUUAGGUUAUCUAUCGUCAGGUAGAAUACAUUUAUCAAUGUACAGAGUUACCAGAUAUCAAAAGUUAAACACUAUCAUAAAAUCAAAAUAAUAUUUUUUGGCAAAUAGCUGAUCGCUAAUGAAAUGUUCAAUUAAAAUUUUGUAUAGUUUUCCUUUCAGUAUUGAAUCAGAGAAAAUCUGAAGUUUGAAACAAACAGGAUCACAUUUAAUUUUUACUAUACAUUUCACGGAAGAAAAAUAGUUAGUUUUUGAAGGUUUCAGAUGAACAGGUUUCAAUAAAUUCAUACUUUUUAUAUUCUUUCUACAUAUCUAUGAAUACAUAUGAUAAUAACGCCUUUUGCAUAUAUGGUAACUCUACAUUUAUUGUGGUUUCAAGGAAUCAUUUUUACUUUACGAUUAGCAAUUAAUGUUUUAUUAGUAUUACAGUCACUAGCUAAACUUGUGUAUUAUCAUUGAUAUAAGUAUUCUACCUGAACAUAGUUUGACAAGAGUUAGGGUGUUUUGCUACUGUAUUAUAGAUGCCACUUGGAUUUUCAAUCCCUUUUUUGGUGCCUCUUUUUAAAUUUUCAAUGCCUGCAAGCAUUGAAUAUUUCAGAUACCUUUUUAGAUGUGGGAAUACAGUAUAUGGUUGCAUAGCUUCAAGUAGAAUACAUUAAUCAAUGGUAAUAUAUGUGUAACCAAUUUUAUCAUAUUGCUGUCAUUUGUAUUUAAUAUAUAGUUUCGAUUUUAGUAAUAAAACUAUACUGACAUAGAAAAAAGAAUACACAGUAAUAAUGAAUUUAUUACAAGUUUUUGUAUACAUACUCUUAGGAUUAGAUAAGUGAUUGAUCAAAAGUUCAGAAAAUCAAACCAUUAAAUAAUGUAAUAUCAAUAAUUUGUUGGCUCACCUUAUGUGUAAUUGUGUACAAUUACAAGUAGUCCAUUGUAACAAUUGAAUGUUUAGGCGUCAGUACACAAAAACCAGUAACCAGGCACUAUAUAAUAAUAGAAAAUUAAAAUACAAAAAUGUGCUAAAUAUAUAUACGCACGGCUUAAGUAUUGAGAAAUUCAAACUUUCAAAUGAAACGUAUCACUUUUUUUCUAAAUAAAAAAACAAAAUGUGAACAGGCUAAAAUGUGUAAUCUAAAAAUUGCUACAACUUAGGUUCCAAUUCUAUGAGGAUAUUCCUUGUUAUUCUUAAAAAUAUUAAAAUUAUUUUCCACCCUUAUGUGCGGCAUUUUAUUAAGAAAAAUUAUACCCCCCUGGGCAUACUACUGAUCAGAUGAUCGAUUUCCUCUCGAGGUAUCUUAUCCCAGGCUACCGUACCUCGUGCCACUAGAGUCUGUGGAGGUAAAUACAAUAAUUUUUUCCCAAAAUGUUCCAGACAACAAAUCGACUUGACACUCUUCAAAAUGGACCAUCGUAAUUCUGACAAUGUUUGCAAGAAGAGACCAUGUCAUAAAAACCACUAUAUCGGUAUAAUUGAAAAGCUAAUCGUCGUUUUUUGUCCUAACCUAAGCAUAUAACUAGAAAAUCUGUGUAAUAAAUUCAUUAUUACUAGGUGUUCUUUUUUCAGUCAGUUGGUAUAGUUGAAUCAAAAUUUAGGUGAUUUCAGUCACAAUCAUACUAUGUAUAAAAUAAGUAUGUAUAUUUUGAAAAAUCUAUUUUGAAUUUGUAUAUUUUUUGCAUUGACCUUGGUGUUAAUUUACAAGCACAUAAUUUAUUAUUUUAAAUCUGAAUUAUCCAAGACUGAUCACUGUUACUAAUCUAAAUCAUUUGAUACAUUAUUGUAAAAUGUUAAAUAAAACGCUGAAAUAAUAUAUUUUUGUAUAUACGUUGUUUUAUUUAGGAAAAUAAACAUUUAAAGAUAAAUUUUGUACAGUUCCAAGUAUAAGAAGACCAUUAAAAAUUAAAUAAUAUAAUAUACAUAACAUAUAAACCAUCUCUCUUUUUUCCUGAAUUUGUGGAUUGUAACACUGCAUUUAUAACUUACUAUAAAUAAAUUCACAGCAAAAUAUGUUAAUUACAGUAUACAACACAUAUAUUGAGUAUGAGUAAAUUCUAAGGUUGAUAAAUAAAAUACUGC